CGGCACCGAGAGACGGCCCCCAGCGCCCCGUGCCCCUAGCUCGGGGUCCCACGGCGCUCUCCGCCCUGGCUGUGGUGCUGCCCGUCCGCCCGGGGCCGGUUCGCUUUCGUCUCUCGUUGCGCGGGUCGCGGGCAGCGAGCCUUAUGUAUGUUACCAAUGGAAUGUAGUAUGUGGACUUGCUCUGGAAGUGAUGCUGAUGACGACCUGCUCGUAAAUGUGCAGUCAUUACAGAGUCAGCUGAGGAGAACUGAAAAGAGCCUACAAACUGUAGAGAAAGAGCUUUCCAGUACAAGGGAACAUUACAGCCACUGCUUCGAUGAGGCUACAGAUGUCCCUCUGGAGGACUUUGUACAGCCCAAUUACGAUUGUCAAGGCCUUUCCAGCUGUAAGAAGAAUUCUGGGAGAACAUCUCGCCAGGAUUUUCAAAGAAAAUGCAAAUCUUACUCUGUAUCCACAACUUUGGAUAAAACUGUGGAAGAAAAUGAACAACUGCAGGAGCAGUUGGAUGCCCUUCAUGAGCAAAAUGCAUCUUUGACUUCUCAGAAUCACUUCCUGAAGAACAGAGUGGAAACAAUGAACUUUGAAUUGAUGCAGUCAAAAACAAAAAUUUCGUAUCUUGAGGCUGCUUUAGCUACACAUUUAAUCAGCAUUCCAAAGUUGCAAGAACAGAUUGUAAAUUUGGAAGCAGAAGUUUCAGCUCAAGAUAAAAUCCUGAAAGAUGCAGAAGAUAGACUAGAUCAAAAUCAGAAGACAGCAAUGGAAAGAGAACACAUGUUGGAAAGAUAUCAAAAGGGCUAUAAAAUUCUGAAAAUUGAGUUAAUUGAACAAAGCAAGCAAGGAAAGAGAGCGCAACAGCAAAGAAAUGAAGCUUUGUUGACUGUGGCGGAGCUGACAAGGGCUUUUACAAAGUAUAAAGCAGAAAUGACUGAAAAAUUAGAAAAGGCAAAAGCUGAAGAAGUGGUCUUGGGAGAACGUUUAAUUAAUUGUGAAAAAGAAAAAGAGAAGCUGAAUGAUAAGUGUAUCAGCUACAGGAAGGAUCUGGACAUCCUAGAAGAGCAACUAAGACAAUUAAAGGAAGAUAAUCACAACACAAAAGAAGAAAUUAAAGCUCUAGAGGCAAAGAACACUGAAAUUACAUCAAUGCUGAGUCAGUCUGAUCAGAAGAUCAUCAAGCUUGAGAGUGAACUUUCUGAAAAAGAAAUAGUACUUAAAGAGAAAAAUGCUCUAAAAAGUGAAAAUGAAGAGCUGAGAGCACUCACUGCACAGCAACAUAACCAUUUGAAAUUAUGUCAUCAAGAAAUAGAGGAUUCAAGGGAAGAGCUCAACAUUCUGGAAACCAUUAUUUCUCAGUUGUCUUUAAAUGAAUCUGAAGAGUUUAAAUGGCACAAUUUCAAACACCAGCUCUUGAGUUCCUCAGCAAAAGAAGCUGCCUCUGAAUCUUGUGGUGAAUUGAGUAAACCUUUGAUUGCAGACCUAAGCAUUAAACUGGCAACGAAAGAAGCAGAAAUUCAAAGUCCUGGUGCAAACUUAACUAUCUGUACUGGAGCUGAGCAUCUUUCUGACAGUAAUGAAGGACAAGGAAACAGCAAGUUAUGUGACCUGGAAACAGAGCCUGUCAAAUUGAUCAGAAAUCCAGGAGAGAGGACAAAAUGUCAACAGUUGGAACUUAUAAGCAAACAAUUUGAAAAGGUGAGGCAAAAAUUCCAGAAAGAGAUAGAAGAGCUACGCACUAAACUGAUAAAAGCAGAUGAUGAGAAUUCUGCCUUGAGGACCAGCAUGGCUCAGAGAACCAGUCAGUUUCAAAUCAUACAGGAAGACCUAUUGAAGAAGGCUUCAAAAACUAGUAGCUUAGAGAGAGAAAUAAGAAAGAAGUCUUCUCAGCUUUCUGCACUUGAGAAACAGUUGGAAGAAAAGUCUAUUGCUUAUUCCACUGCUGCAGAAAGAAAUACUGAGUUGGAACUGGAACUCAUGGGAAAAAACAGAUGCAUUCAUGAGCUGGAAACAACUAUCAGUGAAGAACAUGAGAAAAUAACUUCUGCUUUUGAAAAUGAAAAGUUGUUUCACCUCAAGCAGCACAAAGAAACGGAGAAACAGAUUGCUCUACUUCGGACACAGCUGGAGAAGAAACAUCAACAAGUCAUUGAACAAGAGAAAAUAAUUUCUAUUUUACAACAAGAGGUUAUACAUAAACAGCAUCACAUUGAGUCAUUGGAUGGGCUGCUAAUAGGAAACAGAGAGGAAAUGGAAAAUCAAAAUGUCAAGAAAGAUCAAGGAUUGAAGAUGCUGGAAAGUCAGUUAACAGAAGAAAAAAUCAAAGUACAACAACUUGAGUCAGCACUAAAUGUAUGUAAGGAAGAAGUUGCACUGUAUUUGAGUCAGUCACAAGAAAACAAGGAGAUGUUUGAAAAUCAGCUGAAAGAAAGGUCUGAAGAGCUUCAUUAUUUACAGAAAGAAAUCAAAAUUAAAGGUCAGACUAUUCAGGACAUGAGCGAACAAAAUAUUCUCCUGCAACAAACUUUGCAUCAUCAGCAGCAAAUGUUACAGCAAGAAACUAUUAGAAAUGGAGAGUUGGAAGAUAAUCAAAUUAAACUUGAAAAACAGGUAUCCAAUUUGGAAAAAGAGCUUCAGAAGCAGAAAGCAUGUGCAGAAGAUGAGUUGAGAAUGGUGGAGGAGAAACUGCGCCUAGCUGCUCAGGAAGCAGAUUUAAACAGACAGAAGGUGGAUGAACUGAAUUGCACAAUCAGACAGAUUAAAUUGGAGAUGGAUCAGUGCAAGAAUGAACUUACUGGCAUGGAAAAAGAAGUAGUGCAAUUAAAACGAGAUGGUGCAAACAAAGCGCAGCAGAUCAAUCAGUUGGAUAUCACUCUGGAAGAAGCAAGAUCAGAGCUCAAUAAAAAGGCAAAUGAGGUGAAUGAUUUUGAAGAUAAGCUGCUUCAAAGCGAGACUUGCCACAGGAAAGCCUUACAGAAAAUAGCAGAACUGGAAUCUGCAUUACAGAAUGCCUGUGGAGAAUUAAAGAUCACUUUAACACAGCUCCAGGAGUUGCAAAAUGCAUUACAGAAUGCACAGUCCUCUCUGGAGGACAAGAACAUUGCUAUCAUGGAUCUAACAACUGAGCUCAGGUACUGCAAGGAUGAAAUUGAAGACAAAAAGCAGGAACUCCUUGACAUGGACCAAGCACUGAAAGAAAGGAAUUGGGAACUAAAACAAAGAGUAGCUCAGAUUGCACAAUUGGAUAUGACAGUUCGUGAGCAUAAGGGAGAAAUGGAGCAACAAAUAAUUCAAUUACAGUGUAAUUUAGAGAAGUCAGAGUUGGAAAUUAAGGAAUGCAAUAAACAGAUUGAGAGCUUAGAGAAGAAACUCCAGCAAUCUAAAGAUGAGCUUCGUGAAAAAGAAUUUGUAUUGCUCCAGAGAGAUCAGGAAAUAAAUCAGCUGAAGAAAAAAAGAAUGAAAGAAAACAUAGCCUAGAAGCUCUUGGGAAAGGUGCAAGAACUGUGGAGGAAUGACUGCGGCUGCCCGUUGGACAAGCAGCAACCCAGGAAUGCUGUUGCUGGCAUCGUCACUGAGCAGGCAAAGAGGACAUUUUAAAGCUGUAUUUCUAAAUAAGACAUGUAGUACUGAAGCAAAUGACAACCUUUUUAUUUUUCCAACUGUUACUGAGAUUAUUGCCUUCAUAUAGUAACAUAUUAAUUUAUCUUUUAUACUUCAGAAUAAAAUUAUUUAUUUUAAGUUGUAGGGAUUCAUUUCAGCUGUCAUCUUUUUCAAAGGUUUUUAAAUUAUGUACUUGUUUAAUAACUCACUUCUAACUAAAAGCACAAUGGUACUACCUUAUUAGCAAUUUUUGUUUGGAACUAUUUUAUCUUUUGUACAAAUGCAGUGAUGCAGACACAACAUAUUAUUAAAAUUUACCUGUUUGUAAGAUAUUUUGGGACACUGAUUUGAUCAUAGACACUGGCAAAACCUGCUUGCUUUACUCCAAGCAGUAUCUUUAAGAUGCACAGGGUUGUGGGACUGGGUUGUGACCCGCAGGGUUGUGGGCCAUAAAUCUUGAGGUUGUUUCUUUUGAUAUUUUUAAUCAAACAAAAAUCCAUACAAAAAUUCCCAUUGAUUAAAUUCACAUCAUAACUAUGCAUUCUAAAACAUAUUUAUUUCCAGGUUUCCAAAAGUAUUACACAGUUAAGCUUGUUAUGAAUGGCUAGUGGCCCCUUUUCUAUAUUUACAUAAGCAUCAGAAACUGCAAAUAUGCUUUUGAGGCCUUAAUCUAAGUCUGAUUAAAGCAUUCAUGACUUAUGUGCAUUAAGACAUGUGAUUCAUACUUCAGAAAUCAAGUUACUAAAGUUAUUUGAUGUAAAGAAAAGGAGAAGAAUUGAAUGUAUUUCAGUUUGAAUACCAGGCCUCAGUUAAGUGUUUUAUAUAUUAAAAGUGUGUCUUACCCAACAAACCUAUCUGAGGUAUCCAGAAACUCUGCUAGUGGCAGUUUGCUAAACUCCUUGGGCAGUACUGGCUCUUUCACUUCAUGUAAACACGUUCCACAAAUGCCACAUGUUCCACAUUAAGUGGUUCUACAAAAGCAGCCACACAUUCUGCUACCAUUGACAAGCCAAGAUACACUCAUCUCAAGUAUUUCUGCAGUUUCAGAUUAUUUAUUCUGCUAUUGUGAAAAUUAUGAUGUGACAAAAACCACUUACAGAAAUAAAUAUAUUGUGUGUUUUAAAUCAAGCUAUUUCUUUCUCUACAUAACUGUAAAGGGAAAAUCUUA